AUGUCCACUACCUCGCAUUACUCGCGCGUCCUGGUUGGCUCGAUGGGAGCCGUCUGUCAAAGGCUCAAAGAUCUGAAUGGCGACCCCGGAUUAUUUUUCUUUGCCCAUGAUCUUGGUAUCCGCACGGAGGGGACGUUUUCUUUGCGAUUUACUCUGGUCGACCUGACGUCUCUCGCUAAAGCCGAGGUCCUCAAGGACGAGUCGACAGAGAUUCUCGCGAGAAUAUUCAGUGACGCAUUUACUGUCUACUCGGCUAAACGGUUCCCUGGCGUCCUCCCCACCACCGAGUUGACACAGUGCUUUGCAGACCAGAGCGUCCGACUGCCUACUCGCCAGAAGCGUGUGAUUUCCGCUAUGGGCUCGUCCUCGAAGCGAAAGAAGUGA